GCGGGGGAGGGGCUGGCUUGAUCGAGGGGCGGGGGAGCAGCUGAGGCACCAAAGUAGGAGCGGCCCCGGGGCGCGCUCACUGUCUGGCCCCCGCCGCCGCUCGCGGGUCCAAAGAUGGUCAGAGGAGCGGGAGGAGCCGCAGCAUUCGCCUCGGUGUCCUAGUCUCCUUAGACCUCAGGGUCCCAGGCUCCAGGCAGGACGCUAGCGCAAUGGCACUUAAAGGGCAAGAAGACUAUGUCUAUCUUUUCAAAGAUCCCUCUCAUCCUUUGGAUUUCUUGGAAGCAUUCAGAACAUUUUACCUUGAUGGAUUAUUUACUGAUAUAACACUUCAGUGCCCUUCAGGUGGUAUCUUCCAUUGUCAUAAAGCUGUUUUAGCUGCCUGCAGCAAUUAUUUUAAAGCAAUGUUCACAGCUGACAUGAAAGAAAAAUUUAAAAAUAAGAUAAAACUCCCUGGGAUACACCAUGAAGUCCUUGAAGGUCUUAUAAAUUAUGCAUACACUUCACAAAUCAGAAUAACCCAAAGAAAUGUUCAAAGCCUCCUUGAAGCAGCAGACUUACUUCAGUUUUUUCCUGUAAAGAAAGCUUGUGAGCAGUUUUUAGUAAGGCACCUUGAUGUUGAUAAUUGCAUAGGAAUGCAUUCCUUUGCAGAAUUUCAUGUAUGUCCUGAAUUAGAAAAGGAAUCUAGAAGGAUGCUUUUAUCAAGGUUCAAGGAAGUGUGGCAACAAGAAGAAUUUCUUGAAAUCAGCAGGGAAAAAUUAUUCUUUAUUUUGUCCAAAAAGAAUCUAAGUGUUUGGAAAGAAGAAACUGUCAUAGAACCAGUUAUUAAAUGGACAGCACAUGAUGUGGAAAAGCGAAUUGAAGGCAUUUUUGAUUUACUAAACUAUGUAGAAAUAGAUAUAGAUCAAAUGUACUUGAAGACUGCUUUGAGUCUUCAGAGAAGACACCUACUAACUGAAAACAAGUUAAGAGCGUUAGUAUUUAACGCCCUGAGUCCUAUGCAUAAGGAAGUUUCCCAGAGGUCCACAGCUACUAUGUAUGUAAUUGGAGGCUAUUAUUGGCAUCCCUUAUCAGAGGUUCACAUUUGGGAUCCUUUAAUAAAUGUUUGGAUUCAGGGAGCAGAAAUACCGGAUUAUACCAGAGAAAGCUAUGGUGUUACAAGUUUGGGACCCAACAUUUAUGUUACAGGUGGUUAUAGGACAGAUAACAUAGAAGCCCUUGACUCUGUCUGGAUCUAUAAUAGCGAGAUGGAUGAAUGGACUGAAGGCUCCCCCAUGCUCAAUGCAAGAUAUUAUCACUGUGCAGUUACCUUAAGUGGUUGUGUCUAUGCUUUGGGGGGUUAUAGAAAAGGAGCUCCAGCGGAAGAAGCAGAGUUCUAUGAUCCUUUAAAAAAGAAAUGGAUUCCUAUUGCAAAUAUGAUUAAAGGUGUAGGAAAUGCUACUGCGUGUGUCUUAAGGGAAAUCAUCUAUGUAAUUGGAGGCCACUGUGGUUACAGGGGAAGUUGCACUUAUGAUAAAGUCCAGAGUUACAACUCAGACAUCAAUGAAUGGAGUCUGAUCACCUCUAGUCCACAUCCAGAAUAUGGAUUGUGUUCAAUUCCAUUAGAAAAUAAGCUAUAUCUUGUUGGUGGACAAACCACAAUUGCAGAAUGCUAUGACCCUGAACAAAAUGAAUGGACUGAGAUAGCUCCCAUGAUGGAAAGGAGAAUGGAAUGUGGUGCCGUCAUCAUGAAUGGAUGUAUCUAUGUAACUGGUGGAUAUUCCUACUCAAAAGGAACAUACCUUCAGAGCAUUGAGAAAUAUGAUCCUGAACUUAAUAAAUGGGAAAUAGUGGGUAAUCUUCCUAGUGCCAUGCGUUCACAUGGAUGUGUUUCUGUAUACAAUAUAUAGUGCAAUCUAGAAAACCACUAAGUAGCAAAAAAACAAACAAACAAACAAAAAAAAAACCAAUCCACACUUAGCAGUGUAUCAAUAGAUGAAGAAUCUUAUUUGAUAUUGAAAUAUUGUUUGGACACUGGAAUUGCACACUCUUACUUUUCAAAAGUAACAUCUUUAUUAUUUACUUGGACACUUGCAUAUAAUAAGUGGUAGAAGUUUAAAGAUAUUUGUAGUCAUGAGUUGCAUCUCUUUAUCACAGUAUUAACAUUGGUAAGGCAUCAGAACCAUACUGUGAAAUUGAUAUUCAGUUUCUGCCCUUAGUGUUAAGGGUAGUGCACAUUAAACUACAAUCUAAUAGAUGUUUGAUGAUAAUAGAGGAAAUCUUUUCUACGUCUAUAUGACUUUUCAAUAUUUUUUUGAAACUUUUUUUCAGCUCAAUACUGUGGAAUGUAACAUGAAACUAGACACAAUCAUCUUGUCUAGUUUUCUUUUUCUCAUGCAGUUUGUAUAAUCUUUUCAAGUGACUUGAUAGUUAUUUUAUAUUUACUGAGUAUAACGUUAUAUAAAACAGUCACUGCCUAAGAGUUUACAACCUAAUUCUGAAAGGAUAACAAAACUGAAAAAUAAGAGAAUAAAAUUGCUUAGUAGAAUUUGUAUUAAAUAUCAACAGUUUUUUUUUCUAAAACAAAUGUGAACUUUUUAUGCAAGUAAGGUUAAGGUUUCUGUAGUUUGCAUGUGAAAAAAAUACCCAGUAUCAUUCCUGACUAGAAAUAUAUUUACCAUUAUAAAGAAUAUAUUUUAGAGCUGGUCAGAACCUUGGUGUUCUUAAACCAACCAAUUAAUUUUUUUUCUUUGAAAUGGAUAAUGAGGAAGGCUAUAUUAGGCUAUUUGUUUAAAUUUUAAAUACUGAAUUCUUUUCUGUUUUAAAAAUAAAUGACCAUACAAAGAGCAAAAAAACCCAACAAACCAAAAACCAAAACACUCCUAAAAUAAGAGGAAUUGUGUUGAAGCCCAGUUUGAAUUAGUAAAAAGUAUUUAUAGAAUAGAAUAGAAUGUUAGAACUGGAAAGGAUCAUCUAGCCCAAUAAAGCAGAAAAUGGAAAAGAUACAGAAACAAUGAGAAACUAGAUUUACCAAGCUGACCUUGUCUAUGAAUAUAUUUUUAAGAUAGAUGGUGAAUUUGUAAUUGUCUUCUGCAUGCUAUCAUUAUUUAAAUUUUAUCUAGAGUUCUUCAAGAUACUGUUUAAGUCAUCCUGCCUUCUCUGUACAUCCUUUCUUGAUUAUCCUAACUUUCAUUGAUCACUUCUUUAAACUCCUGUAAUUCUUAUUGUUAGUACUUAUGGUUCACAAUCCUUCUAGAGUAUUAAUAUUCCUUUUUUUUUAAUGUCAAAAUAUUUCAGACUCCCACAUUAUAGUAGUUUGAUUAGUAUCCACUAAUUGAGAAAGAAUAAUCACAAAAGCCUUCUAUGAAUUCAUCAAUAUUUGAAAAUUUAUUUCUAUUGUAUUAAUCAUAACAGCAGCUACAUACAUUUAAAAAUAGUAUUUUGUAUAUAUGUGAGACAUUUAUUUAUUCAGGCAAUUUUUUUUAAUGGAUUAACACAGCUCUUGCAAUAAUUCCCCUGUAGCCCACAGGUUUGGAUCCACUGUUCUAAAACAUUCAUCUAGCACUAAUCUGUAGUAACAAAUCCAAUACUAGUUUGCAUAGUUAGAGAAUUAGACUAGAUGAUCUUCUGAGGGUCCCUUUCAGAUCUAAAUCUAUGAUCCUAUAGUCUUUUAAUGUAUUUAUCUUGUCUACCUGACAGAUUAUAAGCAUGUUCAUGGCAGUGACAUUGUCUUUUACCUCUGUUUCCCCAGUGCCUAUCAACUGUUCCCUGUAAUAAGUAGGUAUUAAAUAAAUUAAUGUUUGUCAACAAUAUCAAUUAUUUGUACAUUAAAAAAACUGGUUGAAAUGUUUGAAGUUUGUGCUACUAAGUACUUUUUAACAGUUUUUUAAAAAUCUUAUUUAUGUUUCUAAUUUGCACUCUGAAAAAAGGAUUGAAUAAAGGUGAAUUUCAGCUGUG